AAAACUUUGUCAAUAUUUUCGUUUGUUUAAAAAUCGUUAUAAAUGCUUUAUUUGACUCACUUGACUUAAUAUGCAGUAAUUGCGGAUUACAGACUGUUUCAUGGAUGUAAUUUGUAAAUACAGAUGCUGUUUAGGUUCAACAAUCAAUUCAAUAAAUUUAUAUAAAAAAAAUUAAUGCAUUUCAUAUCAAUGUAAUUUUUUUACUUACUAUGAAAAGUAAGGCCAGUAUGAAGUAUUUUUUUUUAAUAAUAAAAUAUAAAUAAGUUUUUAUGUAAGAAUCAAUUUUUUUGAGUAAACAAAUGGCCAGUAUAAAUCAUUUGUUAUUUAUUAAGAAAAAUAAAGGAAUAAUAAUUUCUAUUCAAAUAACUGCAAGAUGGAAUUUGGAAUAUUUAUGAUGUUAUUUUGCACGGACAGCUGAGCUUAACGAUAGCACAAACACUUCAUGGUUUCUAUGGACGAGAUAGAGGGCGCGGGCCGCAGGGAAGGCGCCGUGCGGCCCAACACUAUGGAGGCUUGCGAGCCACCGAUCCAACUGGAGCCAGUCGACCUUAGCCUGAAGAGACCAGCAACCCCAAGAAGACGCUGCCGGGCUAUCAGCAGCGCAGACCCGGUUCCUGUGAAGUUCGCGAAGGAGAUCCAGCCUACAUCGACACAAAUUUUAUUUGAAGCCAGCCACCAGGUGCCGAAGAUCAAGGUGGGCCCCGACCUCCGCAGCGCGAGGAAACCCAAACAACACUGUCAUAAAGUAAAACCGACUGAACCCCCACCACAGCCGAUCGAGCCGAAAUACCCACCGCUACCGUACCCGAUCCCGAAGCCGGAGGAAAUCAAGAACUUCCUUUUGAACACGGCGUUACAGAACGCGCUGACCGGCUCCAUAGGACAAGUGCCGAGGAAAUGCAAGGAGGAGAGCCAGAGGAGGCUUCACAAGUGUGAUGUGGCCGGUUGCAUGAAAGUUUACACCAAGAGUUCCCAUCUGAAAGCGCAUAAGAGGACACACACUGGGGAAAAGCCGUACUCAUGCGCCUGGGCAGGUUGCUCGUGGCGUUUCGCUCGCUCGGACGAGCUGACUCGCCACACUCGCAAGCACACCGGCCAUAGACCCUUUACUUGUCCACUGUGUCGACGCUGCUUCGCAAGGUCAGAUCAUCUCGGAUUACAUAUGAGGAGACAUUAAAAAUAGUAACAAGAUGAAUAAAAAAAUAUAGUAAUCUAUGUAGGUAGGGUCAAGAGUGCAACCUUGAGGAACUCCAGACCCUCUAAAUGUCCACUGUGUCGACGCUACUCCGCAAGGUCAGAUCAUCUCGGAUUACAUAUGAGGAGACAUUAAAAUAGGAUCAAGAUGAUUUUAAAGAAGUUAUGAAAAUCUAUAGAACCAAGAAUGCAUCCUUGAGGAACUCCAGACCCUUUACGCGGUCGCUAUGUCGACUUUGUUUCGCCAGGUCAUAUCAUCUCGGAUUAUUUAUGAGGAGGCAGUAAAAUAAACAUCGAACUUAAAUCACCAACUCUGUAUUUUAAAGACACAAAUUGAAAUAAUUGUUUGGUUAGCAACAAAAUUUUUACUAUAUAGUUUCACAACGGACUCUUAUGGGUCAGUCUCAAACGAUCUUAUAGUGGCAUAAUUGGCCCUAGAAAUGAACCUCUCAAAGUCGAAAGUCUUUAAAACAUUAAGAAAUUACAUUAAACUUAAAUAAUCUGUAUAGGGCCUAGAAUUGUUCCUUGGGGUACUCCAAAGUCAAUACAUACUUUCCUAGAUGUUUUUCCUAAAAAUCUUUAUGAGUUUAUCCUUCCUUAUAUGUGUAGGAUCUAGAAUCACAGUGUUGUGUUCACUGAUAAUCUGGAUGGUUUUUUGAAAAUAUUAUUAUUCUCGUUUGGAUUUUCUAAAGUGCACUUGAAAAUACCAAAUUAUAUUUUCAAGAAAAUAUAUUUAAAUCUUUAAUAGGGAAUAAAUAAAUCUUUAAAAUAUGCCCGAAACCGUCCAGUCUUUUGAAAUACUUUAAACUAGUGUCAUUUUUAACAGAGGAAAAAGUUAAAAAUGAUGUAUGACUUAUGUCGUUAUAUUUGCUCAACGAUAUAUUUAUAGUAAAGAAUGUUUCUCUAAAUAUUCUCUAAGUAUUUAGUAUUAAGCUGUGACGGCAUUAGAUGCUCAUAAAUAAAAUAAAUUUAUAAUGGAGGAUGAUAUGGUAAGAUGUUAUAUUCUGUUAAAACGACGAGCUGCUCGCAUGAGGAGUGAUGUGAUGAAUGUAGAUGAAGCGAAAGAAAUAUGCAGGAUUCGUGGGAAAUGGAAGGAUUUGAACUCUGCCUGUCACUGGGUAAGAGUAGUGAUUUUUGGAAAUAUAUUUUCCGUUUCCAAUGUAUGUAUUGUGGUGUUCUGUUUUCAAAAUAAGAAUUAAAAACAGCUCUACUUUAUUUUAAGAACAGAAUCCUAAUAUGUGUGAACCCUUCUUCCAUUAAACUUUUUUGAAAGAAUUUUUAAUUUUGACGUUUCGAACGUUUCGUAUUGAAAAAAUAUUCGUGUAUUGGUUUUAUGCUAUCUGUUUUCUCAUUAAUGAAGGACUCCAUUAUAACAAUAUUGUAUUUAAGAGCAGAAAUUAAAUAUAUUUGUGUGGCAUUAUAAUUAAACUUAAGGGCCAGUAAUUAUGAUACAUUUAUUAUUUUAGAUAUUUUUAAACAUUUUUUUUAUAUUUUAGUAAGUAAUAUUAAGAUUUUUAUACUUUUUACAGUUUUUGUAGAAAAUAUUACUUUAAUAGCACAUCUCUAUGGUGACAUUUUUGAAUGAAAAUGUCAUUAGUUAGGAGAUUCAUGUUUUGAAGUAGCUACUUUCCACAAAAGAACAAAGUAUAUUUUCGAAAAAUAUUUUGUCAUUUUACGUUAUUUAAAUUAGUUAAGGCUCAAAAAGUUCCACAAUUUUACAAUAUAAUACAGGGCACUUGUGGCAAUACUAGAAUUUUAAAAAAAUAUUUUCCUAUUUUUAUAAAUUUUAUGGAUUUUAUUAGAUUUAUUGUUUUGUUUCAGAUGUUUAAAAUAUUUUUUAUUUUUUAGUUAUCGAAAUGAGUUAUU